UAAAUAUUAAAAUAGGAAUUUUUCGUGAUUGAUUGGACAUUCGAAUGUUUACAUAACAAAUGAAAUAAGUGAAAAACAAAUUCCAUACAACACAAAGUAACAAGCACAUAAGGCAGCACAAUAAUACAAUUCUUCUUCAUAUUUCACGAUUAAAUGUGAUUUAAUAAAAAAAAAAGCAGACGAGAUGCAAAGACAUAUUAAAGACACUACGAGAUGUAAAACAAUAUGUGAAUUUGUGUGAGACACACAGAGAAGCACUAAAUAAAGCAAAAGGAGGAGGAAGAGCUGCUUCCUGUGAAUAAACAACUAAAGUUUCUUUUUUUCGGUAAAGAAUAUAAAAUAAAAUAAAAAGUGCUGUAAAAAGUGAAUCAUAAAAUAUGAAAUAAGAAAGUAAAAAGCAAGCAAGUUCUUCGUCUUGAAAAUGUGCAGGAAAAAAGGAGAGAUGAAAUAUGAAAUAUUUUAGCAUGUAGCAAAAAAAAAAAGUUUCGUUACAAAUGAAAACAGAUGAAAUAAAACAUAUUAAAUAACGCUCAUUGGAAUCCCUUGGAGACGGUUGAAUUGUGUGAGAAACAAAACAAAAAAGUAAAGGAAAAGAAAAUCAGCAAACAAUACAGCAAGGAGAAAGGGAAGCUCAGCAGCUUAGUGGCAAAAUAUAGAUAGCAGUAGCAAGAACUUUAUUUAAGUGUAUAUGGUGAUAUGAUAGCAAUUGUGAAACUUAAAAUGUUAUUCGCUACACUAGCGAAUACACGGAUGCGAAUCCCUUUAUUAUGUUUGUUUCUAGCAGCAGAUAUAUCAGUGGGAUUGCGUGAUGUUCGUGUCACCAUUCCAACAGCCAUAAAGCGAGGUGAUAACGCUCUAUUAAUUUGUAAUUAUGAUAUGGAAGGAGAUUCACUGUAUUCGAUAAAAUGGUAUAAAGGCAAACGUGAAUUUUAUCGUUACACACCGAAGGAACCACAAUCCAUAAAAACAUUUCCCGUGGCUGGUAUAAAUGUCGAGACUAGUUUAUCGAAUGCAUCACAAGUCGUGAUAUCACAAGUAGAUACAAACAUCUCUGGAAAAUUCUCAUGUGAAGUAUCUGCCGAUGCUCCACAUUUCAAUACCAUGAUCGUUUCUGGCGACAUGCAAGUUGUUGACAUUCCUGAAGCGAAGCCAUUUAUUGACGGUAUCUCAACAAGAUAUAGACCCGGAGAUGAGCUAAAAGGAAAUUGUAGCAGUCAAUUUUCGAAACCAGCUGCUAAUCUUACGUGGACGGUGAACGAUCUUCCGGCGUCACCAUCACAAAUGAUAUUUUAUAAAUUAUCGAAGAAUGACAGCAAUUUAGAAUCAACAAUUUUAGGUAUACAUUUUCCAAUUACUCAGCAACAUUUUGUGCGAGGGAAAUUGAAGCUCCUAUGUACAGCACAAAUUCACGACAUUUAUCAUCAAAGCGAUGAGCGACUGAUAGAAGAAGUGAGACCGAAAAUAUUGGCUACGGGUACAUCAAACAUGAACAUGUAUCAUAGUAUUAAUGAAGGGGAAUUAAGCAAUCCAAAUGUUGGAAUGACCCAUUAUAAAGCCGAUUUGCCAUCAUCAUCAAAUUCCAAAAAUUUCGUUCAUUCAUACUUGACAAUAUGUUGGAUUACAUUCUACAUUUGCACAAUUUGCACGAUAUUAUUCUACUCAUUACGUGUCGGAAUUUCCUGAUUAUACUAUUUAAAGGAGGUCGUUAAGAUAUAAAAUAAUAAAGUGACUAUAUCUGACGCGCUUCCUUCAACAUACGGCAACACAAUCACAUCAACGACAGUGACGGAAGAGAGUGAGAGAUAAUGAUGACUAAACAUCCAAGCCAGUUAUGUUGAAAAUUAUGCUGCGGUAGCUAAAAAAUAUAUAUAAACAUAAUAAAAACCAAGCAGAAAUCCGCAACAAAGUUGUUACAUUUAGUCAGUAAUUGCCCUAGUGAAUACAGAAUAAAAAAAAAUCCUAUGUUAAAAAAAUAUAUAAUUCUUUUUGUAGAUAAUCCA